AUGCUCAGUCCGAAUCUGGCAGAUUAUGUUGAGAUGAGCAACCUUGGAUCUCCUGCUGGUACGGCCUGCACGAUCGAGGUCUUUGACAAGCUCGAGCACAUCCUAUUUCUGUUCAAUGGAUCUUUGCGGGCCCCGGUCAGCAAAGACAGGAGAAAAUCACGAUUCGAAGAUCACGGACGAAGUUGA